CCCCUUUAUUUAUCUUUCCCACCACUGCCAGCCUCUCUCUCUGCGGCUCUGCCUUCUCUUACAGUCUUACUCCAUCAAAAAAUCACCUGCACCACCGACCACCGCUAUCAACUAUCACCGCAAGGUCCGCAACCAUAACGCCAGUUAAUAGAUGUAAGUAAAUAACAUCAUUGAGAGCAUGUAAAUUUUGUUGUACUUUUGUCUCUUGAAUUGUCUAAUAUCAACUUCCAGUAACAGAGAUGGCGAGGAUGAGAGUAAGUGCAAAGUAUUAGGACCUAUUUUUUUUAUUAUUAUUUCUAGGUGAUGGGAAUAAAAAUUAGGGAUUUUCAUAUAUUUCUACUUUUUCAGUAGAGAUUUUUUUUAUUUAUUUCUAGGUGAUGGGCUGAUGGCAAGAAAAAUUAUGUAGUUAGGACUUAUCUUCAAUUGUAGAAGUGUACUGUGUUAGAUGUACCAACUGCAAUUUUUGUGUUUUUUUAAUUUCUUUACAUAUUCAGCGAGUAAUUUGUAUGACUGAUUUCUAAUAAGUGCAUCACAUUUGACUGUUAUUUCAGUUUGAAUGGAGAAAUAUUUUCAGAAAGUACCAAAAAAAAGUUUGGUGUCUCACUCUUCUCAGAAUGAAAAUCAACUAGGCCGAGAUGAAAAUGCCAACCAAGCAGAAAUACCAUCGUCUCACUCUUCUCAGAGACAAGAAUUUGAUGUAAAUGAUCUAAAGGCUGACCCGACCGAAAGAACUCGAAUUUUGGAUUAUCAUCCAAACAUUCGUGAUGAGGUAAGGAGGGCAUACAUUAAAAAAGGUCCUUGCCAACCUAAGGAUCAUAAGUUUCCUAAAACUGAUAUUUCUGGAAUACCACGUCGUUUUGUUUCUAAAUGGUUUGAUGAAUUUCCUGAUUGGUUGGAAUAUAGUACAAGUGCAGAUGCAGCUUAUUGUUUGCCUUGUUAUUUGUUUCAAGGUGAAAGCAUUCAUCAAGGUGGUGGUAAUGUAUUUUCGACUAAAGGGUUUAAAAAUUGGUAUAGAAAGGAUAGCUUGCUAUCGCACGUUGGUCCACCAAAUAGUGUUCAUAAUCAAUCAAAAAGAAUGUGUGAAGAUCUAAUGCGAGAAGAACAAUCCAUUCAGGCUGCAUUUUACAAGUUGGAUGAUAAAGAUAAGCAUGAAUAUUGGGUUCGCUUAAAUGCUUCAAUCGAUGUGGUACGACUUCUCUUGAAUCAAGGUUUGGCACUUCGCGGUCAUGAUGAGAGUGAAUUGUCAUUGAACAAAGGUAAUUUUCUUGAAGUUCUUUCAUGGUACGCGGAUAAAUGUGAUCAAAUUCAACCUUAUGUGUUAGGAAAAGCUCCAAAAAAUAAUAAAAUGACUUCUCAUGAUAUCCAGAAAGAUAUUGUGAGUGCUUGUAAGAUUGAAACAAUUAAGGCUAUAAUAGAGGACUUAAAUGGUGACUACUUUGCUCUAUUGGUUGAUGAAUCUAGAGAUGUGUCACGCAAAGAGCAAAUGGCUAUUUGUUUACGAUAUGUUGAUAAAAGGGGAUUUGUGAUGGAGGCAUUUAUUGGACUUGUUCAUGUUAAAGAUACUAGUGCGUUAUCUCUAAAGAAAGCAAUUGUGGAUGUACUCGCUCACCAUUCUUUAACUUUGUCUUAUGUACGGGGGCAAUGUUAUGAUGGGGCAAGCAAUAUGCAAGGUGAGCUUGGUGGUCUUAAAACGUUGAUCAAACAAGAAAGUAGACCGGCUCAUUCCGUUCAUUGUUUUGCUCAUCAACUUCAACUAACUCUUGUUGCGGUUUCUAAAAAGUGUGUUCAAGUGGGAGAACUUGUACUCUUGGUUUCAAAUGUUUUGAAUGUGUUGGGAGCUUCUUUUAAACGUGUGGAUGGAUUUCGAGAAUCUCAAAAACAAAAACUCCGGGAAGCAUUAGAUAUGGGUGAGCUAGAAACGGGUAGAGGCCUGAAUCAAGAACUUGGCCUUAUUAAAGCCGGUGAUACUCGUUGGGGAUCUCACUACAAGUCGUUUGGAAACUUUAUUAGUAACUUUGCCUCUAUUGUUGAUGUACUUGAUGCUCUUGUUGUAAAUGCAAGUACUCCGGAUGAAAGAGCUAGUGCCUCGGGAUUUCUUAGAAGUUGUCAAACAUUUGAGACUGUUUUCUUGUUGCAUUUGAUGACCGAUGUUUUAGGAAUCACAUAUGAUCUUAAUGUGUCAUUACAAAAAAAGGAACAAGAUAUUGCAAAUGCCAUGAUUCUUGUUAAGGUUUGUAAGAGAAGGUUGCAAGCUUUAAGAGAUAAUGAAUGGGAUUCUCUCUUAGAAAAGCAUUCUGGAUGGGAUUCACUUAAAGAAAAGGUAGAAACUUUUUGUAUCAAGCAUAAAAUUUCAUUGCCUAAUUAUGAUGAUCCAUAUGCUAACUCUGGAAGAUCACGACGUAAAGUAGUUGAUUACACUACUUUGCAUCAUUAUCGUGUGGAUUUGUUUUAUAAAAUUAUUGAUUGGCAGCUACAAGAACUCAAUGAGCGUUUCAAUGAGGUGACUAGUGAUUUGCUAAAUGGAGUAGCUUGCUUGAAUCCAAUUGAUUCAUUUUCUAGUUUUGACAUAACAAAAAUAGUGAGAAUGGCUGAAUUAUAUCCUGAUGAAUUUGAUGGAUUUAGCAUGAGGGCCCUUGAGAAUCAACUUGCUAAUUACAUUAUUGAUGUUCGUGAUAUUGACAAAAGGUUCUCCAAUUUAGGUGGACUUGGGGAACUUUCAAGAAAGUUAGUUGAGACAAAGAAGCAUUUAAACUAUUCUCUUGUAUUCCUUUUGGUGAAGUUUGCUUUGCUUCUACCAGUUGCCACUGCAACAGUUGAAAGAGCUUUUUCUGCGAUGAAGUUUAUUAAGAAUGACUUGCGGAAUCGAAUGGACGAUGAAUUCUUAGAUGGUUGCAUAGUGCCUUAUGUGGAAAAAAAAGUAUUUAAAGAUGUUUCUAAUGAGUGUAUUAUAAAAACAUUUCAAGGGAUGAAAACUCGUCGAGUGCAAUUGUAA